GUCAGCAUUUCUAAGUUGAGUAGUUAAUUAUUAUUUUCAAGAUUGAAUUAAAAUAGAGUUGCGACAAUACAUAGAUGAGGAUGGAAGGAGAGGCGCAAUAGGACCGCUUGCAAAGUCGCUCAGUUUCUUCGAACCCAACGCGUAUGCCUAUCUCCUUUCCCACCUCUCCUUCCUUCAACAAAUCCUUCCUUAAUCACCAAGAAAUUCCCCCACACGCGUUCAUUUUUUUAAUGCAAAAACCUCAACAUUUUCUUCUUUACAUAUAAUUACACACACUGCCUCCGUCAUCCACAAAAGGUGCAAACGAGCACCUCCUGUUUGUACCCUUUGUGUCGGUGAAGAUGGGGAAGAGACUGGAUGCUCUGCUGGGGAGAAGCUUCAAAGCCACCAAAUUCAGAGGCACGGCGUCGCUCGCCGUCUCCCGCCUCGCCGUGCUCAAGAACCAGCGCCACGCCCGCUGCUCCGUCGCCCGCUCCGACGUCGUCCAGUUCCUCACCAACGCCGCCCACGACAGAGCUCUUCUUAGGGUUGAACAAGUCAUCAAGGAGCAGAACAUGCUGGAUGUGUUCGUGGUGUUGGAAGGAUACUGCCAUCUGCUAGUAGAAAGAAUCAACCUCUUCGAACACAACAAAUUUUGUCCAGAGGAGCUGCUUGAAGCUGUGUCCACACUGAUCUUCGCUUCGACGAGAUGUGGAGAUUUUCCGGAGCUGCAAGAGCUCAGAGCCAUCUUCACUUCGCGAUUUGGGAGGGAAUUCGCAGCUCGAGCUAUUGAAUUGCGCAAUAACUGCGGAGUCAAUCCUAAGAUAAUACAGAAGCUAUCGACGAGGAUGCCCAGCUUGGAGACCAAAAUCAAGGUGCUUAAGGAGAUCGCUUCCGACAACAACAUUCAGUUCCAUGUGUCAGACCCUUUACUGGAAACUAGCGAGAUUUCAUCCGAAGAGAAGCAGCAGAGCCCCCAGAGGGCGGAUCAGGAUGAGAGAGAGAGUGGUGGUAGUCUGAGAGGAAAGUACAAGGACGUGGCUGAUGCAGCGCAAGCGGCUUUCGAGUCGGCGGCUUACGCCGCGGCGGCGGCCAGAAUCGCGGUGGAACUGUCUCGAUCUGAAUCCCCCGCCACUCCGAGAGAGCGGAUUGCGGCAGAAUUCAAGGCAAAUGAAGAUGCUGCAGGGACUUGUGUGAGGAGAUCAUUCUCUGAUUCGAGCUCGGAUGAGGAGGGCGAUGCGAAGGGGGAGAAUGUAGUGUUUGAUGAGAAUGAGAUGGAGAAGAAUGAAUCUGGAUGGAGAAGUGGUGCAGGUGAAGAAGGUGUGGAGCCUGCUUUAGACAUCAAUAGAAGGCCGAUCUCUGUUCGGACCACCAGAUGGGCUCGACCACGCUGACAAAGGUCAAGUAAUGUGAAAUACGUUUGUUUCCUUUUGUAGUGUUGAUGUUGCGGCUACUUGUAACUUGUGAUCAUGGUCCUAAGUUUGAGCACGUGCAUAUUUGGAGUUUGUCUUCAUGCCUACAUAAUAUUUUUUUUAACUUUAUAAUAUUUGUUGUUAAUGUUUAUUUUAAUAAUAUUUGAGUUUUUAUUUGAGAGA